UAUUAUUAUUCAUCAUUGUAUAUUGCACAUAAUCUCAUGGCUUUGGUUAAAAUAUUCAACAUAGUUACUUACAAUUAAUUUGUAUUGUGUCCAUUUAAUAAAUAAAUUAGUUUUUUUAAAAAAAAACAAGUUUUUGUUUUGUUCACAGUUUUAUAAUACAAUUAAAAUGGCUCAAACUCAGAUCCAGUCUGAUGCAGCAGCAAAGGCCAAAGAAUUUCACGAAACACUUAAGGUUGAUGCUGAAAAUCGCAUUGUUCAAAAGUUCCCAGAAAGAAUUAUUCACAUUAAUGAAUUGCUUAAAAGACCUGAAUUUAGUAUUACAGAUAUGUCAAAACUUAAGUGUAGUUUAGGUGUUCCAAUAGGAAAAAUAGAAAAUAAUGUAAAUCAUUGUGAAGGAAAACCUCCAGGUAAAAGACCUCGUGUGGACAAUUCUAACUCCAAUUCAAAUUUACAAACAAUGAUACCAUCUAAUAAAAAUCUUACUGAAAUUAUUAAAAUUGUCAAACCAAACAUAAAACAAUUAGUUGAAGAUACAAAUGCAUUAAAAAUGUGGGUUUCAUUGUUAAUACCAAAAAUUGAAGAUGGUAAUAAUUUUGGUGUAUCAAUACAAGAAGAUACCCUUGCUGAAAUACAACAAGUAGAAGUUGAAGCAUCAAAUUAUCUUGAUCAAAUUUCACGUUACUAUGCUGCACGUGCUAAAUUAAUCAGCAAGGUUGUGAAAUACCCUUAUAUAGAAGAUUAUAGACGUUCCGUGGAAGAGUUAGAUGAAAAACAAUAUCUAACUAUGUCAUUAACUAUGCAUGAAAUUCGUAACCGUUAUUCAACUAUGCAUGAUAUUGUCAUUAAAAACUUUGAUAAAAUUAAAAAACCCCGGUCAUCAAAUACUGAAAGCCUAUAUUAAACAGUAUAGUCAAAUUUCAAAUUACAUGAUUACAAAAGUAUAUACCAUCAUCAUUCCUUCAUUCAAAUAUCUUUAAAUAUCUACUGUAUUCUUAUGAAAAAAUUAAGAAUUUUACAAGAAUUAAAUUCCUAUUCUCAAACAAUUAAUUAAAGGUAUAUUUGUAAUUAUAUCUUUUAAUUUUGUUAAUUAUAUUCAUUUUAAUAUUUAAGAAUAAUUAAAUGUUAUGUAAAUGAUGUAUCAAAAAAUUAAUUAAAAUUUUUUUUUUU